AUGGGAAGUAGUGACAAGUCGAAAGCCGGGCAACCUGGUGCUCUUCCUUCGACUAGCCUUAAAAUCCACUACCCAUUCUGGUUUGGAGGGUCAGCAUCAUGUUUCGCGGCGGGCGUGACACAUCCCUUGGAUCUAGUCAAGGUAUUCUUGCGCGGUUUUCCGUCGUUCCCACCUGCAACUGCGCUGACAGCAAGACAUAGGUUCGGUUGCAAACCCGUGGACCGGCUAUCAGCAUCACUUCUUCGGCAGAUAACAUAUUCAACCACUCGAUUUGGAAUCUAUGAAGAGCUCAAGUCCCGCGCUGCGAAAUCAUCCUCCUCUUCACCAUCCCUAGCUACUCUCAUUGGCAUGGCUUCGUUUUCUGGAUUCGUGGGUGGUUUAGUUGGAAAUCCGGCAGAUGUGCUAAAUGUCCGCAUGCAACGUGAUGCCGCGCUGCCACUCGAGAAACGGCGAAACUAUCGACAUGCAUUCCACGGAAUGUCGCAAAUGAUUCGCACGGAGGGGGUCGCCAGUUUAUUUCGCGGCGUCUGGCCUAAUUCCUUGCGAGCAGUCUGCAUGACCGCGGCCCAACUAGCAACAUAUGACGAAUUUAAGCAGAUAUGUAUGGAACAUCUUGGAAUGGAUGACAAUGUUGGUACUCAUCUUACGGCAUCCGUUAUGGCUGGGUUCGUUGCAACCACGCUCUGUAGCCCCAUCGACGUUAUAAAGACACGAAUUAUGGGCGCUAGUCAUGCGGAGACCAGAGGCCACACUAUUAUCGGGCUUCUAAGAGAAGUCUUCCACAAGGAAGGGUUUUCGUGGAUGUUCCGUGGCUGGACACCCAGCUUCAUGCGUCUUGGACCACAUACAAUAGCCACAUUUCUAUUCCUGGAGCAACAUAAGAAGAUUUAUAGAGCAUUAAAACAGCCCGAUGGCGACCCCAAAGUCAGCCUCUAA